AGGAACCGAUAGAAGACCUUAUUAUGAUAAUACAAAAGAUGUACAUCUUGCUGACCAAUAUUAUGAGAAGAAAUAUAAUGAUGAGGAAUAUACUUUAGAGGAAUAUUAUGAAGAAGACGAAUAUGAAGUCUAUCUUAACACUAAGUCUGGACCUUACCCAAAGAAUGCCAUGUCAAAAAAUAAACGAAGACCAGUAAAGUUUUAA